CGCAGUUUUCCCCUAACGCAUCAAAAGAAAUAUAACUUCAAUAAAUAACACAUUUUUUCCUGAUAUCUUCAGCACAAAACAUAAUAGAUUAUUCAGAUUACACUUGUAGUACCGACGAGAUUUCGCUUUUUUGUUUCAGGUUCAAUGAUUCCGGGUGUAGCUUUGAUUGUGCUUGGAAACAGUAAAGCAGGCGAAGGAGAAAAGUGUGUUGCUUUGUUGAUCGUAGCACUUGGAUUUGCCAGUGCUAACUAUAGUGGGGCUCUUGUUAAUUGUUUGGAUCUUUCGCCGAACUAUUCCGGUGUCCUAACCGGUAUCAAUUAUCAGAUAUCUAUGAUGUUGGCAGCCCUGAGUCCACUGUCAGUGGACUUCUUUGUUGUUGAUAAAGAAGAUCCUAAACAGUGGAAGUAUGUAUUUUACUUAACUGCUGGAAUAUAUACUUUCUCCACAGUGAUUUACCUGAUUUUCGGAUCUGGAAAGGUACAAACAUGGAAUGACGAAAUUCAAAGAGGAAAAAAUUCAGUCUGCACCGUCCAGAAAGAUGAAGUUUUGAAUACAAUGUUGAAUAAGCAAUUAAUAAGUAAACAGAAUGGAAAAGAGAUUGCCUAGAAUAAAAUUACUUGCAGUGUG